ACAAUCUCCGCCCUGCACUAGCAGCAGCCGCACUGGCCCUGAGCCCUAGUUGUGUGUGUGUGGAGUGGAGAUGGGCUGAGGCGCAGAGGAUACCAUCCAACAACAGCGAACCGACGGCGGCUGCUCACUGUGCAGCACAGAAGGCAAAACUUGGGAUUUUCUUCCCAGUCCUGCUCACCCCCACUCUCUACCACCACCACCUCCUCCUCCUCCUCCUCCAGUCCUGGCCUCAGUGGGCCAGGGAAUGUCCCGGCGCCGAGAUGCCUUACGUGGACCGGCAGAACCGCAUCUGUGGCUUCCUGGACAUCGAGGAGAACGAGAGCAGUGGCAAGUUCCUGCGGCGUUACUUCAUACUUGACACACAACAGGGCAGCUUGGUCUGGUUCAUGGACAACCCGCAGAACCUGCCUAUUGGUGCAGACUGUGUUGGUUCCCUCAAGCUCACAUACAUCUCUAAGGUCAGCGAUGCCACUAAGCUGAGGCCUAAGGCUGAGUUCUGCUUCGUUAUAAAUGUGGGGAUGAGGAAAUUUUUCCUGCAAGCCAAUGAUCAGCAGGACCUUGUAGACUGGGUCAACGCUCUCAAUAAAGCCACCAAGAUCACUGUGCCAAAGUUGUCUGAUGGCCAGCAGAAUGCAGAGAACCAGAAGGCCUUGCUGGAUGCCACAGGAACCAAAAAACAGGUCUCCUACAAGACAGAGAUCAUAGGAGGAGUCCCCAUCAUCACCCAGACUCAGCAAGAAGGUGGUGAUGGUGCAGAGGGACCAGAGCGUGAGGCCAUGCGGCGUUCUCACAGCCAGCUGCCAUAUUUCCUGGGCAGACCAGCUCAGGAGCAAACUGUCAUCAAGUCUGGCUACUGCGUCAAGCAAGGCGCUGUGAUGAGGAACUGGAAACGGCGGUAUUUCCUCCUGGAAGAAAACUCAAUGAGUUACUUCAAAUCGGACCUGGAGAAAGAGCCUCUGAGAAUGAUUCCACUGAAGGAAGUUCACAAAGUCCAGGAGUGCAAGCAGAGUGACAUUAUGAUGAGAGAUAAUCUGUUUGAAGUCGUCACCACAUCUAGGACCUUUUAUAUACAGGCGGACAGUCCAGAGGAGAUGCACAGCUGGAUCAAGGCAGUCUCAGGGGCCAUUGUUGCCCAGCGGGGACCUGGGAGGUCUGCUGCCACAGAACACAGUGGCCAUUCCUCCCCUUCCACAUUCUACCGCAGUCCCACGGGGCCCCUCGUCCCUCGCUCGCCCAUAUCUGCCAUGCCACCCUGCUACCCAGAGUGGGGGGCUGCUGUCACGUGCGGCGCACGCUCGCAGCCUGGCAUGGGACAGCGAGCACUUCAUGAGCCUCCUGCCACGGCCGAGCCACAACCAUGCCCCACCACGCCUGUCCCUGCAGGAGACGCGCCUGGCAAAGUGACCUGUGAGCCACCCACGGCCACCACAGCCACCACCACCACCACCACCUCUGACUCUCUGGAGUCACCGUGGCGGCGGCGCAACAGUUUUGGGCCCUAUGUGCCCGAACCGCCCCUGGACCUGGACGAUGCUGACCUUCCCGUCAGCCAGGUCUGAGCCCUCACCUCUGACGUUUUAACACUGACUGAUAAGGACUGGAAUUGAAAGAAUAUGCAUAGAUCAGGAGGAAACAUCAUGUGGGCGUUGGUUUCCAAGCCAAAGUUAAUAGUGGGCAAAAGUGUCCAACAGCACAAACUAAUCUUCUGAGAUCCUCUCUUCGAGACGUCGUCAGUGUGUGCAAGAAAAAGCAGUGGGGUCGCCACUGAACUGCACUUGUCUGUGCCAAAGACGACCCGCUAUUAAUUCACCCUUCUCCACCUGCCUGCUCUGGUGUUAAAAUAGCUUAUUUAUGUACUUAAUGUUGAUGUUGUCAGAAAAAAGCAGCUUACUCAUGCUGAUUUAACAUGCAGUGAGACAGCUUUAUUUUAACCUGCUUAGGCACACAAAGAUUUGCUCAACAGUGUUUGUGGGCCCUAGGAUUUUUCUAAACCAUUUUGUGCCAAGUAAAUAAGGGAGCUUUUAAGGGUGCAAGCUACGUAUUUCCUAAUGACUGAAAAGGGUGCUCAAAUUGAGGACUGGCUUUUCACCACCUGUCUAAUCUCUGUACUAAUCUAAAUCGUAAGGUCCUUUCAUUACACUUGUUGUUAUAAUUGUAGCACUCUGCAUUUGUGCAAUACAUUUUGGGCCAGUUUCAUAGGUAUGGGUCAAGUCUAGUUUGAGAUGAAGCCUUUGGAAGAUUUUGUUAGUUGUGAAUGAAUUUCUGUGGAACUGGUUUCAUAUGACCAAGUGUGUGUGAUAAUGUAGGACCAAAUGUAUUGCAGCCACCUUUUUAGUUGGUGUACAGUGAGUAUUACACCUACUUUUUGGUCACUGUUGUACACAUUCAGUAAUGGUACCAAUGACAUUGUCAGUUUUAUUUUCUGUCAAUUUGCAAACCAUUGACAUAAAUGUUUCUUAGAAUUUUUGGCUUAUGUUUUAUUUAAUCAGUCCACUUAAAAAAUAGUUUAUAAUCUAUGUUGUGUGGAUGGGUUGGGAAUGAGAUUUUCAUUCAUGCGGUGGUAUUAUGUGACAUUUUUAGUUAGUCGGCUGUUACUAACGAGUACAACCUAGAAUGCACUUGAGUCUUUUAUGACAAAAGUGGCUAGUUUUUGAGUGAGACUGUUGUGUAGACACAAAAACAAAAUUGUGAAAGCUAUCACAGGACAUAUAUUACUCCUCUUAUUGUUCAUACAGACCUAGCAUCACUUAACAAUCUGAAGCAGCCUUUCUGCUAAGUACAUUUCCAUGUAUGAGAAGCUUCGCUGUGUGGACUAGUGCUUGACACUGGAUGACAUGGAAAGAUUUAUACUAGUUAUACGUAAACAAGAAAUAACACAAGAAACUUUCACAUGUAUGUAUUUUACCAUUUUUGUUAAAAUGAAUCUCAACAGGCACACGUGAAGUACCUAAACCUGCAGACUGUUUGUAGUGAAUUAUAUGAAUAUUGUGCAAACAUUUUGGAUCACUGUUUAUCAGAAACAGUUCAAGCUCAGACACUUGUCCAUUGCAUGCCUCCAUUUUAAAGAUGAUUCCCCACAGAUUGGCUUUCUGUUGCUAGAUUUUGUUUACCCGUGGCUGCUCCGUGUGUGAUGUAUGUAUGUUUUUAAAAUAGAGAUGACACUGCUGUGUGCGGGUCAGUAUGUUGUAGAUAUUUACUUUUCUUUUUUUUUUUCCUCUUUUUUGUGUGUGCUUUUAGAUGUUUCCUGAUAUUGUUCCUUGUACCUGUGAUGCCAAAUAGUGAGGUUUAACCUAAUAGUAGGCAGCUGCCUCACAAUCUUAUUUCAGAUAAAUCCUCACUGUAGCCCUGCUAAAUAAUGUAAAAUAGCCAUUUUAAAAGUGCCUGCUUCAUUUCAGCCCAACUAAGCCAAGCUGUUUCAGUCAUUUUCUGUCUCUUGUAAUUGGUUUGAAUUGUCAUUAUUUAUUAUGUGGAUGACUUGAAAGAAAUAAACACAUUGAAAAUGUA